AUGGCUUUUGACCUUGCGAUCUCUGUCCAGGAUGCUCAAAGUGCAAUAAAUGACCUAACUGGACAAUGGCUUGGCAGUAGGCAGAUACAUUGUAACUGGGCUACAAAAGGUGCUGGUGCUAAUGAUGACAAGCAGAGCUCAGAUGCCAACAACAUUGUGGAACUAACUAAUGGCUCUUCAGAAGAUGGUAAAGAGUCAGCAAAUAGUGAUGCUCCUGAGAAUAACCCGCAGUACACUACUGUAUAUGUGGGCAAUCUUGCUCCAGAGGCAAGAAACCACCCUUCUACUAGUUCUGUGAUGCAGCUUGACCUCCAUCGCCACUUCCAUGGUCUUGGCGCUGGAGUAAUUGAGGAAGUCGGCAUCCAGCGUGAUAAAGGAUUUGGUUUUGUCAGGUACAGCAACCAUGCCGAGGCAGCUUUGGUGAUACAGAUGGGGAAUGCUCAGUCGAUUCAUUGUGGCAGACAAAUUAAGUGCUCUUGGGGUAGCAAGCCCACUCCUCCCGGAACAAGUUCUAUCCCACUUCCCCCUCCUGCUCCAGUGCCUUUGCCAGGGCUCGGUUUCAGCCACUGA